AUGUUGAAGUAACACAAAAGAGGCAGCUUCUUGAGGUUUUCUAGUGAAACGAUAAUACCUUUUUGAAGUUUCGUUGAUGCAUGUUCAUAGGAAGAUCCAGUAUGUAACAUUUAUUUGUUUAUUUUUCACUUUAACGAAUCAAGAUUCCUUCAAAGUUCGACGUUUUCCUUUUCAUUAUAAAACUAUUAAUCCUUGACUAGCACAACACAGUCUCUGUCAUCGUCUUCUUCUUACUUUCACCGUUUUCCAUCUUUCUCCUACUUCAUCUUGGCAAGCUCGUCAAGAACAUGGCGUCUCCAAACGAAAAGGACGAGUUUCCCAUUCUUCUUCCAGUUUCAGAAGCAAGACCUCGUGCUAACACCAGGGCACUCAACUCGAGGAAUCGUAGCGUUUCCUUCUCUAACUCAACUUACUCCACUAACAGAGUUGACAACUCAAGUGUUGUUUUAGGCUACACAGGCCCUCUUCGAACACAGAGAAGACCACCUCCCUCGGUGCAAAUGAGUAGUCCUCUUUACUCUACUCGCAGACCUGAUCAGUCUUUCUUCCCUCCCUCUCCUGUUCAACCUCCUGACUCCUCCCUCUCUUCCUCUACCGUUGAUGUUCCUUCUGAAGAAGAUGAAGUCGUCUUGAAAAACGCAAAUCUAUUGAAAUCUGGACAGCUAGGGAUGUGUAAUGAUCCUUACUGUACUACUUGUCCUUCUUACUACAACCGCCAAGCUGCUCAGUUUCACACUAACAGGGUAGUUUCUGACUCCAGGUUCCGCACUGCUCUGUAUGAUGAUGCUAGAGGCUGGGCUAAGCGAUUUGCUUCCUCUGUUCGUAAAUUGAUACCUGGAAUCAUGAAUCCUCAUUCCAAAUUCGUCCAAAUGUGGACUCGUUUCUUAGCCUUUUCAUGCUUGGUGGCUAUCUUUAUAGAUCCCGCCUUUUUAUUCCUUUUAUCAAUCCGACAAGACAACAAAUGCAUAGAGAUUGAUUGGCCUAAGACAAAAGUAUUUGUGUCUCUGAGAACUAUGUCGGAUCUUAUAUUCUUCAUAAACAUUCUGCUUCAGUUUCGGUUGGCCUAUGUAGCUCCUGAGUCUAGAAUAGUUGGUGCUGGCCAGUUAGUUGAUCAUCCAAGAAAAAUUGCUAGCAAAUACUUUCGAGGAAAGUUUUUUCUUGACCUGUUGAUAGUCGUACCUAUGCCACAGAUAAUGAUAUUAUCGAUGCUACCAGCACACUUAGGCACACCUAGGUCAGAACUUGAGAAGAACAUUAUACGCAUAGUAUUUCUAUUUCAAUACAUUCCAAAGUUAUAUAGGCUUCUUCCACUUCUUGCUGGACAAACACCGACAGGGUUCAUCUUUGAGUCAGCUUGGGCUAACUUUAUUAUUAAUCUUCUCACAUUCAUUCUUGCUGGUCAUGCUAUUGGUUCUUUCUGGUAUAUCGCAGGGCUUCAGAGAGUUAAGAAAUGCUUGUUACAUGCUGGGAAUUAUACAAUGGAUGAACGUAGAAAUCUUAUAGACUGUGCUCGUGGGGUUAACUAUGCACGGGAGUCACAAAUAGCUCUCUGGAGAGAGAGUGAGAGUGUUAAUGCUUGUUUUCAAGAGGGUGGCUUUUCAUUUGGGAUCUAUUUGAAGGCUGUCAAUCUUACUACUCAGCCAAAUAUCUUCACAAGAUUCAGCUACUCUCUGUUUUGGGGAUUCCAGCAAAUAAGCACACUUGCUGGAAACCAAACCCCAACUUACUCAGUAGGGGAGGUUUACUUUACAAUGGGUAUCAUUGGACUAGGGCUUUUGCUUUUUGCUCGACUUAUCGGUAAUAUGCACAACUUCCUCCAAGCUCUUGAUAGAAGGAGGAUGGAAAUGAUGCUGAGACGGCGUGAUGUGGAGCAGUGGAUGAGCCAUAGGCUGUUGCCAGAGGAUAUAAGAAAGAGGGUGCGAGAGGCUGAGCGGUUCAAUUGGGCUGCUACCAGAGGAGUUAAUGAGGAGCUGCUUUUUGAGAAUAUGCCUGAUGACCUUCAGAGAGAUAUAAAACGCCAUCUCUUCAAGUUUCUCAAGAAGGUGAGAAUAUUUUCGUUGAUGGAUGAAUCAAUCUUAGAUGCCAUCCGUGAGAGGCUGAAACAAAGAACAUACAUAAGGAGUAGCACGGUGUUGCACCGCAAAGGUCUAGUUGAGAAAAUGGUAUUCAUAGUGAGAGGUGAGAUGGAGAGCAUUGGAGAGGACGAUUCUGUUCUGCCAUUGUCAGAAGGAGACGUUUGUGGUGAAGAACUCCUCACUUGGUGCCUCGAACGCUCUUCUGUGAACCCUGAUGGGACGAGGAUAAAGAUGCCGACAAAAGGAUUGGUUAGCAACAGAAAUGUUAGGUGUGUGACAAACGUGGAGGCGUUCUCGCUGAGUGUAGCAGAUCUUGAAGAUGUAACGAGCUUGUUCUCAAGAUUCCUAAGAAGCCAUCGAGUGCAAGGAGCCAUAAGGUAUGAGUCUCCUUAUUGGAGGCUACGAGCAGCUAUGCAGAUUCAAGUGGCUUGGAGAUACCGAAAGAAACGACUUGAGAGAUUACUGUUACAGGAUAACAGAGUGAUGAAAGAGAUGAGUGAUGUGCCUAUAGGUUAUCGGUUAAGUUGGUCAGGUGUUGUCGAAGGAAGUGGGAAAUAACUUGAUACACGUGGAAGCAGCUAAGUGGAGGACAGGAGGAGAAUACUUUAUAGUGGACUUGUUUUUAUCGUGUACAAUGUCGAUGGUGUUCUAAUAAGCCGCUUUCCACCAGAAAAAAAUACGGUAGCAUAGAUCAGCAUCAAUAUAGUG